AUGGACCAGAGACCGUUCCAAAGACAGAGCUUCGUGAGACUCCCUCCAAAGGAAUACCUCCUCGACAUGGAGCGGACUUUGAUCGAAGAGGUGCAACUUUUUUGUCCGUCUAUUACCAGCAGUCACUUCUUGGGGCUCGUUGAUGCGCAGUAUGCGGCCGGUCCCGGCAACAGCAAUGAUAGCCCGGCGAGGUUUGCCAUCGUCAACGCCCUUUUCGGAACUGCCAUGCGAUGGAGGACGACAAACGACUCUUUCGAGAAGAUGAGUGUGAGCAGCUGGUGCUACUUCAAGAACGCAUAUGCAAUCUUUCCGGAACUCGUAGCCCGGGGAAAUGACAUAUCAACCUGCGAAGCGAUGCUGGCUAUGACUACAUUCUCGCUAGGAACAACCGAUGCCCGUACAACCUCCCAGCUGGCCUCUGCGGCAGCUCGCACACUACAGAUCUUGGGGCUGAAUAAGAGAGAGGCCUAUAUCAACCUCAAUGCCGUAGAGAGAGAGCGGCGCAAGCGAGUUUUCUGGGCGGCACACAUCCUAAACACGGACAUGAUGGUCAAGUUCGGACUGCCUACACCAUUUCAACAUGGUGAAACAAUCGAAUACCCCGUCGAGGGAUUCAUUGUCGUUGGCGACCCAGCUACACAACCACUAAACUUCGUCACAAGUAUAGCCUGGCUCUCUCGAAUCCAGCUGCGGAUUCACGAGCAGUUUUCGCAGCACAGUCUUCAACUCCAGUCAGGUACAGAUCACCACGCAAUCGUUAUGGCAUGCAACCACGAGCUUGAAGAAUGGAGGAGCUCGCUCCCUGAAGAUCUGCAGCCUGAUCCCACCGCCCUUCUUACGACUAGAGAGCUAGAGAUACCGGUCGCCCUAUUGCAUCUAGUAUAUUUCAAUGCUUUGAUCAAGACUCACAUGGCUCUGGCCCGGAUUAAGAACGCGUUGAGGUUGCACCCGUCGUCUCCGUUGUAUAGCGCGUGGCUGAGCAGCGAGUCUUUGCCGACGAUAGAGAAGUCCUAUGCCAAGUGUACAUCGGCAGCGCGGGCGACCAUUGAUAUUUUGCGGCUGAUACCAACGCAGCCCUAUGUGCACAUAUGGGCUAUGAUCUGCUACCCAGUGACGGCAAGCCUUAUACUUCUUUGGUCUUCGCUCGAAGAACCUAUGGGGCCGCAUGCCGAUCUCAACGUUAGGAUAAUGGGGCAGUUUGUCCAGUUUCUGGCGGGAGCCAAGGAGGAAGGGUGCGAUGUACGGAGCGUGUUGGACGGCUGCUCAAAGCUCUACAAGAUUGCCAAAUACGUCGUGCACACACAGAGAACAAUCCGUCUCUCGAGACCGUUAGAAGAGGACCAGGACGUGAGAGACCAACUCGAGGUUCUCCGCAUCAAGCUCUCGGGCGUCACCGACUGGAUGCACCUUGCCCAGGGUCUCUUGAGUAAUAUCCCCGUCUUGGUCUCGCAAGCAAGGGAAAUAUUUGCAGACGUCCUUGGUAUAGAGCAUAAAGACGGCGAGUACGGGCCGUUCGCCCCUGAAACACUGCAGCCGCAUAGAUAUAAUGUUUCUUUUGGCCCUUAG